UUGGAAUAAGUCUUCUCCGCUAAUAGUAUGAAAUCUGCACGCUUCUUGGCCAAAUCCUACCUCUACAAGCUUCCAAGGUUCUCAGAAACAUCCUUAGGACUAUUCGUCGUGCACUUGGAAAAUUAAAUCUCAGUAAAACAGCCAUUCAUCCAUAUCUGCUUGCAUAUAUCACACUUCUACAAAUUUACUACACAUCCUUCAACCAUGACUCCAUCAAUCCAACUCAACGCCCUCGCACGGAACUGGGCCUUAACCCCCUCCGCCACAAAUCCCAGCGUCUCAGCAGAAGCCGUCCUCGCCUUCCACACGCAGGUCCCGGGGUACAACGAAACGCCCCUGCACACCCUGCCCGACCUGGCAUCCUCUCUUGGGCUAGGCCACGUCCUGCUCAAAGACGAGUCCGACCGCUUCGGACUGCCCGCGUUUAAGAUCCUGGGUGCCUCGUGGGCCGUGUACCGCGCCGUGUGCUCGCGUCUAAACUUGGGACCUGCUACUGCUACUUCACCGGAUAGUAGUAAUAAAAUCAUCCCCUUCGCAGACAUCGGCGCCGCGGCCCGGGAAAAAGGCAUCCACAUCAUCACGCUCACCGAAGGCAACUGCGGGCGCGCCGUCGCGCGCAUGGCUGCAGGGCACCUAGGGCUGCGGACAACGGUGUACGUGCCGUCGUACAUGGACGCGUUAACGCGAUCGAAGAUCCGGGGCGAAGGGGCUGAGGUCGUCGAGGUGGCCGGGAGCUACGACGACGUGAUCCCGGUGGCGCUGGCUGCUGCUGCGGCGGAGGCAGACAAUGCGAUCAUGGUGAUGGAUGUUGGGGUCGAGGGGUGCGACGAGGUGCCGCGGUACUUUGUCCAGGGGUACGGGACGAUGCUGGCGGAGUCGGAUCGCCAGGUGCUGGGGGUUACUGGGGAUAGGCCGACGACGCAUGCGGUUGUGCCCGUGGGUGCGGGGUCGAUUGGGGAGGCUGUGACGGCGCAUUUCAAGAGUGCGGCUAGAAGCACUGGAACAGCACAUCGUCCGACGAAAGUUAUUGCCGUGGAGCCGACGACGGCGGCAUGUCUGUUUGAGUCCCUGAAGGCGGGGAAGAGCGUGUCGGUGCCGACUGGUGAUACGAUUAUGUGCGGGAUGAACUGCGGGACGCUAUCGACGACGGCGUGGCCAGUGCUCCGGGACGGGAUGGAUGCGAGUGUCACUAUAACGGACCUAGAGGCGCAUGAUGCGGUACGAGAGCUUACGGCCCGAGGUAUUCAUGCUGGACCUUGUGGUGCUGCCACGCUAGCUGCGCUUAAGAGGCUGUGUGAGGAUCAUAAAAAGGAGUUGGAUCUGGAUGAGAAUUCGGUUGUGGUGCUUUACUGUACUGAGGGUACCAGGGAGUAUUUAAUGCCGUCAUAAUCUAAGGGGGGUAGAUACUUUUAUAUAGAAGGGCCAGCUAUAGGUACCAUCUUCAGGGCAGGAAAACUUGGGGUGUGUUGACUGAUUUUAUAUUUUGUUGUUAUAGAGGGCAGUAUUCUUGUCUGACCUGAAGCUCUUUUGUACAUAUACCUAGAGACCUACCUGGGGACCUAGGAGAUAUGUAUACAGCAAGCCCGUAUUUCAGUCCCACGGGUCCUGCGGGUAUAUAUC